AUGUCGAAGACUUUCACUGCCGUUGAUGUGGCAGCCCACAAGAAGCCCGAUGACCUCUACAUCAUUGUGGACGAGGAUGUCUACGACCUAACCAAGUUCCAGGACGAUCAUCCUGGAGGCAAGAAGAUCUUACAGCGAGUCGCCGGCAAGGAUGCAAGCAAGCAGUUUUGGAAGUACCACAACGAGAGCAUCUUGAAGAAGUACCAAGGCCAGCUGCAAGUCGGUUCUCUCGAUAGCAAGCCAAAGCCAGCACAAGCACCAACACCACCAGCGACACCUCCGCCAGCCGAGAAGAAAGAGGCAGCUGUACCAACGGCAGAGUCUGGCACACUGGGCAUUCAGCCACAGGCAGCACCAGAGGAGGUAGAAGCCAUGGACCAAUUCGGAGACAUGGUGCCAUACGCAGAUCCCUCGUGGUACCAAAGCUAUCACACCCCGUACUUCAAUCAGACCCACGCCGACUUGCGUGCAGAGGUGCGGCAGUGGGUAGAAGACGAGGUCAUGGCGAACGUUACUGAAUGGGACGAGGCGAAGAAGGUGCCUGAUAGCAUUUACAAGCAGAUGGGUGAGCGUGGAUAUCUUGCCGGUUUGAUGGGUCUUCACCACUGGCCAAAGGAGUACACAAAGCACUCGAUCAAAUCGGUACCGGCUGAGAAGUGGGAUCUCUUCCAUGAGAUGCUCUUGACGGAUGAGCUGUCUCGUUGCGGCUCUGGUGGUUUCGUGUGGAAUGUGAUCGGUGGCUUUGGCAUCGGCGCUCCUCCACUCGUCAAGCACGGCAAGAAGGCACUCAAGGACCGAAUCAUCCCGGGCAUCCUGAACGGUGACAAGCGAAUCUGUCUUGCCAUUACCGAGCCGGAUGCUGGUUCCGAUGUGGCUAACUUGACAUGCGAGGCGAAGCUCACCGAAGACGGAAAACACUACAUUGUCAACGGCGAGAAGAAGUGGAUCACCAACGGUAUCUGGUGCGACUACUUCACAACUGCAGUUCGUACCGGUGGCGAGGGCAUGGGUGGCGUCUCUUGCCUUCUCAUUGAGCGCGAAUUCGAAGGUGUCAGCACUCGUCGUAUGGACUGCCAGGGUGUCUGGAGCUCUGGUACCACAUACGUAACAUUCGAGGACGUCAAGGUUCCCGUCGAGAACCUCAUUGGUAAGGAAAACCAAGGAUUCAAGGUUAUCAUGACCAACUUCAACCACGAACGCAUCGGCAUCAUCAUUCAGUGCAUACGAUUCAGCCGUGUCUGCUACGAGGAGAGCAUCAAGUAUGCGCACAAGCGACGAACCUUUGGCCAGAAGCUCAUCGAACAUCCUGUCAUUCGACUCAAGCUUGCACAUAUGGCAAGACAGAUCGAAGCAUCAUACGCGUGGAUGGAGUCUCUCAUCUACCAAUGUCAGAAGAUGAACGAGACGGAGGCUAUGCUCAAGCUCGGUGGCGCGAUUGCUGGCCUCAAGGCACAGGCAACAACGACAUUCGAGUUUUGCGCUCGUGAAGCGUCUCAGAUCUUUGGAGGUCUGAGUUACAGCAGAGGUGGCCAAGGUGCCAAGGUUGAGCGACUGUACAGAGACGUGCGAGCCUACGCUAUUCCCGGUGGUAGCGAGGAGAUUAUGUUGGACUUGAGCAUCAGACAAGCACUGAGGGUACACAAAGUCCUAGGCAUGAAACUUUAG